AUGGAGCGCAGGGCCUCCGAGACCCCUGAGGAUGGGGACCCAGAGGAGGACACAGCCACAGCCCUCCAACGGCUGGUGGAGCUGACGGCCAGCAGGGUGACCCCCGUGAGGAGCCUUCGGGACCAGUACCACCUCAUCCGGAAGCUGGGCUCCGGCUCCUACGGCCGCGUGCUCCUCGCCCAGCCUCACCAGGGGGGUCCGGCUGUGGCUCUGAAGCUCCUGCGUCGGGAUUUGGUCCCGAGAAGCACCUUCCUGAGGGAGUUCUGUGUGGGCCGCUGUGUCUCUGCACACCCAGGCCUGCUGCAGACCCUGGCAGGACCCCUACAGACCCCCCGCUAUUUUGCCUUCGCCCAGGAGUACGCGCCCUGUGGGGACCUCAGCGGGAUGCUGCAGGAAAGGGGCCUUCCCGAGCUGCUGGUGAAACGGGUGGUGGCCCAGCUGGCAGGAGCUCUGGAUUUCCUCCACAGCCGGGGGCUGGUCCAUGCAGAUGUCAAGCCGGACAACGUGCUGGUCUUCGACCCGGUCUGCAGCCGUGUGGCCCUGGGAGACCUGGGUCUGACCCGGCCAGAGGGCAGCCCGACCCCUGCCCCACCAGGGCCUCUGCCCACGGCACCACCUGAGCUCUGCCUCCUGCUACCGCCCGACACUCUGCCUCUGCGGCCAGCCGUGGACUCCUGGGGCCUGGGGGUGCUUCUCUUCUGUGCUGCCACUGCCUGUUUCCCUUGGGACGUGGCACUGGCCCCCAACCCUGAGUUUGAGGCCUUCGCUGGCUGGGUGACCACCAAGCCCCAGCCACCUCGGCCACCACCACCCUGGGACCAGUUUGCACCCCCAGCCAUGGCCUUGCUCCAGGGGCUUCUGGACCUGGAUCCUGAGACUAGGAGCCCCCCACUGGCUGUCCUGGACUUCCUGGGGGACAACUGGGGGUUGCAGGGGAACAGAGAGGGCCCUGGGGUUUUGGGGAGCGUGUCCUAUGAGGACGGGGAGGAGGGAGGCUCAAGCCUGGAGGAGUGGACAGAUGACGGCGAUGACGGCAAAAGUGGCGGGAGGACGGGGACAGAUGGGGGAGCUCCCUGACCAGGUGACAGAGACAGGUGGCCAGAGCCUGGGCCAGAGGCCCUUCCCCCAGCCCCCAGGGCCACCUGGAUGGAGAGACAGCUGCACCCGGGAGGACAGAGAGGGGACACAUUGCACUCUCCCUACGGCACGCUGGGCUUGGACGCGCAUUCCUCUUCCAACCGAGGACCCAAGAGUCCAGCUCCUGCCC